CCUCUUAGAACCAGCGGUUUCAUCUGAUCUCCUUUUCAUUAAAGAUCUCUUCUCUGCAGAAAACUAAGCAAAAUGCAGACCUUCAGCAUUCAGAACAAAAGAAUAUAUAGAUCGUCCUCAGAGGAUCUCAGCAUGCUAAGACCCACAUUUUACUCUUGGAGAAGUGCUGGGAAUAGGGGUUCCUAUUCCAAGGACAUCUUUGGAUCUGCCACUGUACAAAUGGGGCUUGUUGGAAAUGUUGGAAGUGAAAAGGUUACCAUGCAAAUCCUGAAUGAACGUCUAGCUUCAUACCUGGAGAAAGUUAGGAACUUGGAGAAGGCCAACAGUGAGCUGGAGGUGAAAAUCCACCAGGUUCUGGUGAAAAAAGGUCAGGCCACUAAGGACUACAGUCACUACCAAGCCACCUUUGAUAAACUACGCAAAGAGAUUCUGGAGAUGGUUAUGAGCAAUGCAAAUGUGAGUCUUCAAAUUGACAAUGUCAAGUUGGCUGCCGAUGACUACAGGGUCAAGUAUGAAAAUGAACUGCAUCUAAGACAGUAUGUUGAAGCUGACAUAAAUGCAUUGAGAAAGAUGCUGGAUGACACCAAUAUGGCACGACUGCAUCUAGAAAAUGAUGUUGAAGGCUUGAAAGUGGAGCUUAUCGAGUUAAAGAAACGACAUCAACUGGAAGUGUCAGAACGAUAUAGUCAAAUCAACCAGUCAGGAGUGCAGGUGGAUGUUGAUGCUCCCAAGGGACAGGACUUGGCUAAGAUCAUGGAGGAGAUAAGAGCCAAGUAUGAAAAGAUUGUCCUAAAGAACCAGGAGGAACUAAAAAAUUGGCAUGAAUCAAAAAUCUCCGUGGUACAGGUUAAAGUGACCGAGAACGAAGAAGCAUUGAAAGAAGCCAAAACACAAGUCAGCGUGAGCCACAGGCAGAUGCAGACUUUGAAAACAGAGCUGCAGUCUCUGAUUGGAAGUAGAGCAUCUCUGGAAGACGCCCUUAAUGAAACAAAGUUGCGAUUUGGGAUGCAGGUGGAGCAAUAUAAUGGCAUCAUUUUGCUGAGAGAGUCUGAGCUUAAACAGCUGCGUGACAACAUUCAAAGUCAGACAGUGGAUUAUCAGGCCCUGUUCAACAUCAAGAUGGAGCUGGAAGCUGAGAUAGCCACCUACAGGAGACUUCUGGAUGGAGAAGAAUAAGAGUGAGCUUUUCGACCAUUUUGACCAUGCCUCUUUCUUCUUUAGAAACCUUCAUCUUGGUGUUAAUCAAAUAUUUUACAGAUUAGAGAAAGAAUCCAUCAGGACAACAUCAGAGACUGUCACCCAGACACUAGUGGAUG